CAAGCCGGUCCAAACCCGUGCCUCUUCAUCUUUCUCCUCUGCUGUCUUCUCUUCAAUAAACCCCCAACAAAAAAAAAAAAAAACCCUUCCUCAUCAGAACAAAUUACUAAAAUCUAAAAAUAAAAAUAAAAAUCGAAAGAAGCUCGGCGGCCGCUUCUCCUCUUCAGCCUGCACUUGGACACUCGCCCUUGCUUCCACGUCAGCAUCCAUCAGCUUCUUUAAGUACUGGAGCCAGCUCGGUCUUAGGGUUUCUAACGCGAUUGAAUGCCUGAGCUUUACUUUGAUCAGAUCAGGCUUGGCUCAAAUCCAUGCAACUAUUUCCCCUGCUUUUUUGGUCUGGAGCUUCUAUAAUUUACAAGAGUUUCAUCGUUGGAGUUGAUCUAUGCUCAUAAAGAAAAGGAUGAAUACUUGGGUUACAUAGUCAUCCCUCCUUGACAAGGAAAGAGGCAUGUUAUAUAUUUGCAGAGCACAUACUCGUUUAAGACUUCAAAGUGGUCACCGCUCCCAUUGAGGGUUGUUCUUCUCACCUUCGUCAUGAUAUUCGGUGUGUAUGUAUGCUCUGUUUAUUUGAAGCAGAUUUCUCUGCAGAAAUAUCCUGUGGAUAUAUCAUUUUCAUCCGAAAAAACAAAAUUAAGUUGUAAUUCCCAUGACAUCCCACCUGAGGAGAUCCCUUAUGUUCAUUUUCCUCAACCAAAAACUUUUAGCAGGACAGAAUGCUCAUGCACUCCUGUUCGCUACUUUGCUCUUUUAUCCAUGCAAAGAUCUGGAAGUGGAUGGUUUGAAACUCUGCUAAAUAGUCACCCAAAUGUUAGUUCAAAUGGGGAGAUAUUUUCAGUUAAGGAAAGAAGAAGUAAUAUUACAGCUAUCCUUAGGACAUUAGAUGCUGUCUAUGCAUUAGACUGGUUAAGUAGUGCUUCAAAAAAUGAAUGUGUGGCGGCAGUUGGAUUUAAGUGGAUGCUGAACCAGGGCCUCAUGGAUCAUCACAAGGAGAUACUUAAAUACUUCAAAUCAAAAGGGGUAUCUCUAAUAUUUCUUUUCCGAAGAAAUCUCUUGCGAAGGUUCAUAUCUGUUUUGGCAAAUAAUUAUGACAGACGUGCAAAGCAGCUAAAUGGCACUCACAAGUCCCAUGUCCAUUCUAAGGAAGAGGCUGAUAUUCUUGCACAAUUCAAGCCUAAAAUCAACACUGCAGUUUUGGUGUCCAACCUUAGUCAAGUUGAGAGCACAACGGCAGACUGUUUGAAGCUUUUCAAUACCACACGCCACAUCAUCUUGUACUAUGAGGAUAUCAUCAGCAACCAAAAUGUAUUACAACAAGUGCAAGAAUUUCUUAGACUUCCUGUCAGAAAUCUAAAGAGUAGACAAGUAAAAAUACACAGACGUCCUCCUUCAGAGCAAAUUCUCAACUGGGAUGAUGUAUACAAGUCUCUGAAUGGAACAAAGUAUGAGCAUUUUCUUCACCAAAGGGAUUAUGUUACUUAAUUGUCUGAUAAUGAUGUUCCAUUCCUUCAUUCUGUAGAAUGUCAUGUUACAACUACACUUCAUCAUAGAUCUAAAUGAUUAUACAUCAAAUUUUGCAA